AUGGAAGGGAGUGGGGACGAUCCCGAUCAUUCCGUCGAACGGCGGAAGCCGACGGGAUCCCCUGCGGACGAUUUAUCGAAGCAACACCGCGGUGCCGCUAUGACAAGCCCCAGCGCUGAUCGCCGGAAAGUGAGUUGCGACGAUGCCCUAGAGUUUUUGGUGGCGUUGAAGGAAGGUCUUGAUCCUGACAAGUACGAGGAGUUUCUUGAUACCGUGGUGGAUAUGAAAGAACAAAGUUCCGCCGUACAUGAGACCGUGGAAAGACUGAAGGAGUUACUCAGGAUUUCAGGGCUCCCUGAGUCGGCCCUUGCCUUCGACGUCUUUGUGCCCAAGGGUUGGGAUGCACCUGCCCCUUCCGUUUCUGAAAAGAAGCCCGAUUACCGAGAUGCCCUAGCUCAUGUUCGCAGAGUACGGAGUCGUUUCUCAAACAAUGAGGCGAAGUAUACGUCGUUUUUGGAUAUUUUCAGAAUGCAUCGAACAGAUCGCAAGCCCAUGGACCAAGUACACGAAGAGGUAAUGGCGCUUUUUCAAGGCCAUGAUGACUUGCUUGAAGAGUAUAGUUUCUUUUUUAAUCAUGGUUCAGAAAGAAAGCGUUAUGGUAUUGUGUCGUCUAGCAGGCCUUUCAGUCCCCAGGAUGAAGAAAGGCCAACAAAUUCUAAUGAUGCUCCUGCCGGAGAGAAGGAAGGCCGUCUCAGUUUGUAUGCUGAUUGUCACUUGAGCAACUUAGAGCACAGCAAGAGUCAAAAAUACGUUGAGAGACAUUCUGUGGUGGGUAAGGACCAAAGAGGCUCAAGCAAGAUGUGCAUGGUGCAAAAGGAGACUCAUAAGAACUUGAACAAUUUACUGCCAGUGCAAAAGCCUUCUCAAAGGUUUGAUCACUGUGUGGCUGAGCCACCGCAUAAAGACCAUCGAGCUAGACUAGUUGAUGAAGAAGAGAUACCAAUGGACAUGGAUCAUGAAGGAGAUGGUUUGCAGGAAAAAUUGUCUGAGAAUGAUAGGAUUAGAGAUACAAAAAGGCUCUUUGGAGGUAGUUCUGUUUUAAAAGACAAAGAUCCUUGUAAAAACAAUCUGUUUGGAGAUGAUGAAGAAUGUGAUCAUGGAAAAGGAUAUUUAAAGCCUGAUACCUCAAAAUGUCACCGUUCUGCUCCUGGUUAUGUCAUUCUCCCUGAUCAUUGUCAUAUACUGCCGCCAAGCUACAUGAGUGAAAUUGGUUCGGCUGUCUUGAAUGACUCUCUGGUAUGCAUGACAUCAGGUAGUGAGAACAAUUCUUUUAAGAUUAUGCACUGGAACAAGUAUGAAGAAUGCUUAAUCAGAUGUGACGAUGACAGGUUUGAGCUGGAUAUGCUUUUAAAACUCAUUACUGUAACUGCUAAGAGGGUGGAAAUGCUGCUAAAGGUCAAGGGUGACAAAGUUGAACCAGAAAGUGAUAUUCCAAUUGAAAACUACUUUACUUCUCAAGAUUUGAGAUGUAUAGAACUGUUAUAUGAUGAAUAUGGACUGGAUUUUAUUGAUGCUGUACGUGAGAAUGUGAGUUCUGCAUUGCCUGUAAUACUGAAUCGUUUAAAGCAGAAGGAAGAAGAAAUUUUAGAAAAACUAUCAGAUUUUAGUGAAGUUUGGACUGAAGCUCAAGCCACAAACCAUCUGAGAUCACUUGAUCAUCGUAGUUUCUAUUUUAAGCAGCAAGAUCCAAAGACCCUGAGUUCAAAAGCUUUGUUGGCAGAAUGUAAACAAGUAAAUGAGAUGGACGAUAAUAUGCUUCUUGAUAGAAUUGCUGGAGGACACUUCAUCCCGGUGGUUUUUGAGUAUACAGAUGCAGAAAUACAUGAUGUUCUGUACAAGAUCAUUGAAUUAUCAUGCCAUGCGAAUUGCACCUUAGAGGGUGAACUCGACAAGGUCAUGAAUAUAUGGACAACCUUUUUUGAGCCAAUGUUUGGGGUUUUUUGGCAGCUUCAGGACACUGAAAGUAACAAAGAAAACAAAAAACAUGAUUACAGAAGUAGCUUGUCAUCCUCAGGGCAAUGUUCUGGUGGUUCUGAUGCUGAAGUUGCAUAUGAAAGUCUCAUAUCUGGUCAUACUUCAAAUCUGUCAGUCAUCUGUACUCAGAUUGCCAAAGAACAACAUGAGAAUUUUGAGGGGGGCCAGAAUCAGGAAUCUGUUGUCGACAGAACUUGUGGUGACCCAAUAAGAUUUAAUGACAAAGUUCAUCAAUACAAUGAAGUUUCUGCAGUCUGUAACAAUGAAGAUGAGAAAGAAGAGGGCGAGUUAUCACCUGAAGUAUAUUUUGAAGAGAAUAUAGUUGUGGAUUCUGAGGGUAUUGUGAUGGACAAAUUGGUUGAUGAUGGUACAGAAGGAAGACAAUUACAAUUAGGUCCUGGAGCACUGACAAUGGAUUUUGUGGUAGAUGCAGAAGCACAAGUGAAUGGUGAUGCUGAAAACGAGGGCAUUGAGAGUGCAUCAGGGCCUUUUAAGGACAGCCCAAAUGCACAUGAGGCAGUUGUAGAUGCUUCACACGGCCAAUGUGAUGACAAUGAUGUUCAGGAAUCCUCUCAUGAUAAUGAGGAAGAGGAUGAGAUAGAUCAUGAUGCCAAGGGUGGAAGUGUACAGGUUGACAAGAUGUCUGAUGAUGCUGAUAAUUUUCAGGGAGAGGGAACAAACUUACCAUUUUCAGCUUGUCAGUUGAAAACAUCGAAACCUCUUACUGAGCAUGCACCUAGAUUGUUACAUAAUGAAGAUAGGCAAACAAGGAUCUUCUAUGGCAGUACUUCAUUUUAUUUGCUUCUUAAAAUCCAUCAGAUUUUGUAUAAGAGAAUACUCUCUGCUAAGACAAAUUCAUCAGCAGCAGAAAUACGGUCCAGUAAUCAGGACAAUGCAAAUCAUCAUAAUCAAUAUGCAAGAUUUAAGGAUGCACUUUACAGUUAUCUCGGUGGUCUUACUGACAAAUCGAAUUUUGAAGAUGACUGCCUUGCUUUCAUUGGACCUCAGUCAUAUAUACUUUCUACAUUGGAUAUCUUGGUACAUAAACUUGUCAAACAGCUGAAAGCAGUUGCAAUAAGUGAGACAAACAAUAAGUUUCUUCAGCUCUAUGCAUAUGAAAAAUCAAGAGGACCUGGGAGAUUUGAUGACCUGGUUUAUCUCCAAAAUGCUCGUGUCAUUAAUAAUGGGGACUUAUUCCGAUUUGAAUGUUCCUCCAACCCCACACGGAUAUCUAUACAGCUUUUGGAACAUCCCAAUGAUGAAACUGAAGCAAAUGUAGUUCCUUCAAACCCUGAUUUUGCAGCUUACUUUUAUAGUGGUUUUCUUCAAAAUAUUUCAGAUGAGAAGGGAACAUAUAAAGGUUUUCUUCGGAGGAAUAUUCGCAAGUUUCACAAGUAUCACAAGUGUAAUUGUGAUGGACAUUGUGCUACCUGCGAGCCCAUGGAAAGGAUUCAAGUCACCAAUGGUCUGCAAUGCCGAAUACUAAAUUCAUUUAAGGUUCUCUACGUGAUGGGCACAGAAGACUUGCUGUUCCGCAAGGAAAAGAGAAAUAGAUUUGCAUAUAAGCCAAAGAGAUUUGAUUUGUAAAUUCAUUUUUGUG